UAGCUCCUGGGUUGCGGCUCUUGUUUAGGCAGCGGGAGCGGCAUCACGGACUAAGAAGCGGCCUAAGACUUCGACUUCGGAGUUGAGUGAAAGAAAAUGGCCCGAACCAAGCAGACUGCUCGCAAAUCCGCAGGUGGGAAAGCGCCCCGCAAACAGCUGGCCACUAAAGCUGCCAGGAAAAGCGGCCCCUCUACCGGCGGGGUGAAGAAGCCCCAUCGCUACAGGCCCGGGACCGUCUCGCUUAGAGAAAUCCGCCGUUACCAGAAAUCCACCGAGCUUCUGAUCCGCAAGCUGCCUUUCCAGAGGUUGGUGAGGGAGAUCGCCCAGGAUUUCAGAACCGACCUGAGGUUCCAGAGCGCAGCCAUCGGUGCGCUGCAGGAGGCUAGCGAGGCGUACCUGGUGGGUCUAUUUGAAGAUACCAAUCUGUGUGCCAUCCACGCUAAGAGAGUCACCAUCAUGCCCAAAGACAUCCAGCUGGCUCGCCGGAUUCGGGGAGAGCGAGCCUAA